CACUCGUUUCAUUCGUCAUUCGUAAAAAAACAACAAAGCCAAGAAGUACCGUUCAGCGAGCGCGAGUGUCGACUAGAAAACUAGAAAUAGAAACUGAAAGGACAAAGUGAUUUUCAACGCUCUUCGAAUGUACAAAUACAAUUACAAAGCUUUGCUGAAGCACAAUUAAGCUGGAAAAGCUGGAAAAGGAUACGGAAAAUGCACAGCUGAUGGAGAAAAGUCCCAAGCACUUUUAGCCUGGUGUGUGUGGGAAAAAUCGAUCCGCGAACGGGAAAACCGAAAAUGCCAGCCUGAUAAACACAGAGUUCCAAUUGUGAUACAAACGCAGUACAAAUUAGUUAACAACUAGCUUAAAUGGUUUUAUAGCGAACUAUAAAAACGAAGCUGCCAGCCAAUUUAUUCACUUAUUUUCGAGUGCAAUACAAGCCAAAAUUCUUAACUAAACAAAAUCUCAACAUUCCUGCGCAACACAAAAACAUCAAAAUGGCUGUUAAAACGUACUAGGCCAGCCCUCACAAUGUCUGUCCCUGUACGCUACUCCUCCGCUGCCGCCGAAUACGCCGCCGAAGUUGAUUGCACCCUGCAACAGCAGGAACAAGAGCAACAGCAACUGCAACAGCAACACCUGCAACAGCAAUACGAGUACGAGCAAUACCAGCAGUACCAGUACCAACGGGAGCAGGAUAUCGCAUACUAUUGCCAGUUGCAGGCGGCGCGGCAGCAGGAGCAGUUGAUGCAGCAGAGGACAUCGAUGUCGUCGUCGGUUAUGCCAGGCCUCAGCUUGCCCCAGGACUUGGACUUGGAUCUACCCACCCAUCGCAACAACAACAUGGACGCCCGCAGCAUCAACGACAUUCUGGUCGACGACGAGCAGCCCUCGACUUCGGCCCAGGCUGCCGCCGCAGCUGCUGUUGCUUCGUCUCUAAACGCUGGUGGAUCUGGAUCUGGACUGGGUGUGGGCAAGCUGGCCAACAACGGCAUUAACCGCAAUGCAGAGAUGCCAACUGAUUGGAUGAGGAUUGCGGACGAGGGCCGGUAUGGGACACCGGGUGCUGCUGGCUUGGAAUAUCAGAAGUACGAACAACAACAAUUGGAGGAUGAAGAAGGAGCGGGUGUUGGAGGAGUCGCCGCUAGCAACAACAAUGGCGAGCCAUCCUCGACCUCGAAGAAGCUGGAGGAUCAGCUGCACGCCCUCACCUCGGAUGAGUUGUACGAGACCCUCAAGGAGUACGACGCCCUGCAGGACAAGUUCCACACGGUGCUGCUGCUGCCCAAGGAGUCGAGGCGCGAGGUGACUGCCGGCGGACGAGAUGGUUCUGCCUACGUGCUGCGCUGCCUGAAGAUGUGGUAUGAGCUGCCCUCCGAUGUCCUCUUCUCGGCCAUGAGCCUGGUGGAUCGCUUCCUGGACCGGAUGGCCGUGAAGCCCAAGCACAUGGCCUGCAUGAGCGUGGCCUCGUUCCAUUUGGCCAUCAAGCAGCUGGACUUGAAGCCCAUACCCGCCGAGGAUCUGGUUACAAUAUCUCAGUGUGGUUGUACCGCUGGCGAUCUGGAACGCAUGGCCGGCGUGAUCGCCAACAAGCUGGGCGUCCAGAUGGGACAUGCACCGAUCACCUCCGUGAGCUACCUGCGCAUCUACUACGCCCUCUUCCGCAACUUGGCCAAGGAGAUUGGCGGCGACUUCUUCAAGUUCUACCAGCAGCUGAUCAAGCUGGAGGAGCUGGAGAACCGCCUGGAGAUCCUGAUGUGCGACGUGAAGACCACGGUGAUCACGCCCUCGACGCUGGCGCUGGUGCUCAUCUGCCUGCACUUGGACUUCCACAUCAAGGAGUCGUACACCCGCGGCAGUCCCGAGCUGAAGCACGUCUUUGAGUACAUUCUCUUCCUGCAGCAGUACAUGAGGAUCCCCGAUCGCGUUUUCACCUGCGGCUUCAGCAUCGUCUCGGGCAUCCUGUCCCACUACAACGGGCAGAACAAGGCGCCCUACAAGCAGCGGCUUGUCUGGAAGCUGUCCAGUCGCACGCUGCGCGUCCUGCGCCCGAUCAACCGCUUCUCCUCCGACCUGCCCACCAUUGAGGAAGGCAUCUCCAAUGCCCUCGACGAUGGCCUGCGAUCGAGAACCGAGAGUAUUAGCUCCGAGGAGGAGGAGGACUGGCCCACUUCACCCAUAAUUCCAAUUUUCGAACAAUGUUAGUAUCCAGCCGCCAGCCAGCAGCAGUAGAGCAGCAGGGACAACAGCUGGACAACUGGAGCAGCGGACAAAAGAGAAGGGAACCAUCAACCAGACGCUCGAGCGGAACACACGGAGCCCAAGCCUUCCUCGAGGAGAUCAGGCACCAGACAUAUCCCCAUCGGAAGCAGCAGAGCGAGGAGCAGCAGGAGGAGGAGGGAUGUGUGUCCGUGAGAGCGUGCCGCGUGCAAGUGUAGUAGUGCUGGUUGAGGUAGAGUGUGUAUAUUUUGCUAAGGUGCAUCAUAAUUCUUUUGGCAUAUACACAAGUGUGUAUUUGGUAGCGCUGGUUCUAACAUUUAAGAAAAACACUAUGAUAUACGGAAAUGUGGGCGACAGGGAAAUGCAGCCACGCCCCCUCCCCCUUUUGAGAAAAUUGUCCGAGAGUAGCGCCCCCCAUAAUUUUUUCAAUUUAUUUGCGGCAGACAAAAAAAUACGUGAAAAAAAAACAAAAGCAAAAAAAAAUAUAAAAAAAUUCAAAACGAAUGCUGCGGACCAUCAUACAAAAGAUUGAUGCCGUUCCGGAUCAUUAUUCGAGAUCAGUGAGAUAGAGAGAAUACGAUUUGAGAAUUGCGAAGAACCCACGCCGAACAUCCCGAUCAUCAUCUGGAAUGGGACAGCAGUUUUUUGUUGGUUGCGCUUGAGAAACCGUCGAAAAAAAAAUUCAAAAAAUCACAAAGAAAACCCCUUAAAACAGACCCCUAAAUUAGUUGUAAACACUAUGUUCUCUAUAUGUUUGUCCCCGCUCUUAUCAGUUAAAUGUAAAAGCCCCGAAUCAAUGGACCCAAAAAAACAACCACAAAAAAUCAUAAAAUCUAAAAAAAAGUACAAAACGUUCUUUAUGUAUAGACCGACCGACCUAUAAAAGAUAAACUUAACACUAAAAAAUCAAUAAAAACAAGGUCAGAUCAGAAUAAUCAGUAAUUUUAGCCGCGCUCAAAAAAAUAUAUAAAACGGAAACCCCAUAGAAAAACUAAAGUAUAUAACUUGCCGCCUGUAUUGACUAAGAACUCUUAACAAUAAUUAUUAAUUAAACAAAGAUACGAUGAAUCCACGAUAUGUAGUGUGUGUCUAGUAGAUUUUUCUCUGUAUAACAAAAACAAACCAACAAACAAAAACGAACUCAAUUUCCGCCCUAAAAAAUCAAACGAAAGCACGUCAAAUGCAAUCUUUCAUUAUCAUACGCAGCUAAGUAAAUUUGUUAUUAUUACACAAUUGUUUAUCACUUGAACCAAUCAAUCGAUCAAGCAAUCAAUCAAUCAGCUUCGAAGGCAUUGAGAUUCAGUUCGAGUACCACGGUGAUCCCCAUUUUAAAUAUUAUACCUUUACAUAUAAUGCGCAAUCUAAUUCUUCUUCUUUUUUGUUACAUAAUAUUAUUUAAAUUAUUAAAGAAAUUGUAAAUCGAAAUCCAUUCUUAUGUUGUACCAUAUAUACCAUACGAAACUACCAAUUAAACCCUAGUUUAAAGCAAACCAGCGUUGAGACAAGGCCAAAAUUCAAAUUCAGAUUGAAGCGCGGCGACAUUGAGCAGAAAUUAUGAUGCAACAUUUAGCAAGAUGUACCGAAAGAUAAAAGAUAAAGAGGGUUUUAGUAGAGAGCAUAGGCAAGAAGAACUAACGCAGAGCAUAAAAAACAAUUGAAAUUUCGCAAAUUCAGAAACGUUUCUUCAUAUUUUUUUAAAGCCACUCCUGGCAGCGGAAUGUGCAAACUCUUGUCUGUAAAUUUGAAUAAAAUGCGUUUGCCCCGCCACAAGGGGCAUUCAGUUUUCAUGAAUAUUUACAACAAACUCGCCUGUUUUAUUUCACUUUUGAUGCAGUUCGCAGCGGCGUCUUCGGCGAAAUGUGAGUACACCAUUUCCAUUAUCCCCAGAGAAUCCCCGCGAUCAAAUGUGUAAAUAAACCCGGCGACUUUGCUGUAAAUAUUCAAGGAUUCUCUAUUUUAACCAUUGUGCAAUAGAUUUUAUAACACCUUUCCACAGCCUGAAGAUCUGUAUAAAAAGAAAAGCCGAAAAACGACAACAUUGUUAACACAGUCGAGAAUUAACUAUAUUUAAGCGACCGAAGAGAUCAUGUGUUCAGUGGUGAAAAAAACACGUUUUAGCUUAGUCCAACUUUUUAAAUAAGAGCCAAUUGACAAAUAAGCGAUUAAGAGAAAGGUGAAAGCGGUGAAAUGGAAAGUAUAGAACUAAGUUUUUCUACUGCCAACGGGCUGAGAUUUCAUAAUUUUAACAACUAGCAAAUUUUACAUUGUAUUUAGCGCGGAGUUAGUUAAAUAUUUGCAAGGAUUAACAUUAAAAACAUCAAGAAAAUCUCAAUUAUUGUAAAGUAUAUAUUUAGUUUUAGUCCCUAUUCGAUCACUCAUUUCCCAUCGUCAGUUUUGAGCUUAUAAUUCGGUUGAGGUUUAGUUACUUAGGAUUACGAUUAGUUACGACGCGAAAUGAAUUCAUAUUGUACAUUACGAACCACUCAUUUUAAUUUAUUCUAAAUUACCACCUGUAAUUAAUUAGAUUCUACUUUAGGCCUCCACCCAGAAUCGUUCUUUAAGCAAAUGGAUCAUUGUGUAAAGAAAAUAUGGAACAAGUUGCUUGAAAGCAGCUGAAGCUCGUGAUUUAAAUCAUUGUACACACAUUACAACAAAUAAAUGGAAAAAAGUAUUAUUAAAUGGUAAAUGGAA